AUGGACGUACUAUUCCCGCGUGUAUCGGCUCCCCCACCAAUGUGCGGGACCCCGCGUGGGGCCCUAUGGAGCCCUUCCCUUCCCCGCGUGCUAUGGUGGCUCUCUGCAAUUUUCACAUUGAUUACACCUUGCACCGCGCAUAUCCCUUGGAAUCCUGGUCCGCUUGAACAUCCUCCUGUUGCAGCGGCCUUCGCUGCUGUGGAGGACGGCCUUAAGGGGUCCCCCUUAGGCUCCUCUUUUGUAGCAGCGGCGGCAGAAGCGCCUAGCAGCAACAGGGGAGGGAAGGUGCCACCUGUUCUGGACCGAUAUGCUGCAGUUGCUGUUCCAUUAGGGUUUAGGGAGCCCUUGUCUCAGAUCCCAAAUAUGUCAACAUCUCUCUUUUAUAGACUGGCGGAUUGCGCUGAUACUGACCCCAGGUGCCAAUACGACCUCUCUAUAUUUUACUUCCUGGGGCGUCCUCCCCUCCCCUUUCGGUGUCUUCUCUCCACCCUGCAACUGCUAUGGUUGGCUGCCCGCGGGGGAUCCGCGGAGGCUCAGUUCUUCCUUGGAGUCCUUCAUCAGAACCUCUACCUCCUACCUCCUGAACCCCCACUCCAAGAACUCGAUCAGCCCUUGCGUGUACAAGUCAACUCCAACUUUUCUCUUUCUUUCUUCUCCGGAAGCCGCCCGGUAGCUGCCCCUUGGGGGCCGCUUACGCCCCUGAAGGUCUUCAUAGGAGGGUUGCACCGUAGGGACGAUUCUGGGAGUUCAGGGCGCAGGAUCUGGGAGCGGCUUCAAGAGUCUGUGGCGUGGAUUUCAGGAGGAGGGCCUUGGUCUGGAGCAGAUUCUGGGGCCUCCCUACGCAACGUUGAGAGCGAGAAGCGUACAGGAAGCUCCGUGGUUCUUCCAGGGUCGGUCACAGGAGCGAUUGAGUUGCUGCUCUCUGCUCCUGACUUUUCUGAGAAUCCCCCUUUGCCUCUUAUGUACCUUCAUGCUGCUGCUGUUGCCACACAUCCUGCUGCCGCCGCCGCUGUGGCGUGGCGGCACCAGUUUGCUGCUCUUGAAGGCUCAGUGGGACAGCAGCAACAAGCCUGCGCUGCUGCUGCCAACCAUUAUCUUCCUGUCGCGAAAGCUACCGCAGGGGUGUACGCCUCUGGAAUUCCCCAGGCCAUCGAGGUUUUGCGGGUGGGCGGUGGUGGGCUGAACCCGACCGAGGCCUCGGAGGUGUACCGUCUGAGCACUGAUCCUGAGCAGCUCACAAUGCUGGUCCAUGAAGCAAAUGAAGGCAACCUGGCUGUUCAUGCGUUGCUGGGGAGGAAAUACCUUUUCGGGGUUGACGGAUUCCCCCAGGAUUACGCGAAGGCCCGCUAUCACCUUCUGGCAGCCAGCCGCAGCUCCAAGGGAGACUCCAAGGGUUUGCUGGGUUACAUCUAUGCACUGGGUUUGGGAGUUGAGGCAGAUCUUGAUGAGGCAGCAGAGUGGUUUUUCAGAGGCGCAAAGGAGAAUCAGGAUCCGAUUGCAUACAACGGAUUAGGUUUGGUGUACUUUUUUGGUACUCCCCUGAUAGAUUCUUCUCCUUCUCUAGCCUUCGAGAUGUUCAACAAGAGCGCCACCCUUAACUCCCCAGACGGGCAGCUUAACGUCGCCUCCCUUUACCUCACUGGCACAGGUGUCUCCAAAUCCUUUGUAGAGGCGCUGAAGUGGUACACCAAGGCAGUGCGGGGGGGCAGCACAGGGGCCGCGUACGCACUUGGUGUAAUGCAUCUCUCUGGCCUAGGGGCUGUGAGAGACUGCCCGCUUGCUGUCGGUCUCUUGAAGCUUGCAACAGAGAGAUCUACUUACUUCGCACACAUGCUCCAACGGGCUCACGGGGCGUACGAGCAGAAUGCUUUUGAUGAAGCAGCUUUCAACUUCCUCCUUCUCGCGGAGGCCGGCCACGAGGCAUCCCAGAGCAACUUGGCGUUCUUGUUGGAUGCAGGCCUGACGGAUAUCUUUUUUGACGGGACCCUCCGGCGGAAGCGCUUACACGCACAGAGGUUUUACGAGAUGGCAGCGGCCCAGGGGUCCAUUUCUGCUCAACUUAGACUUGGGGACUUUGCAUUUUACGGAUAUGGAGUCCGUCGCCGCAGUAGCACUAUGAGGUACCCCAGUGCAUUCUUCGAUGAGAAAGGUGCUUCUUUUGAGGGUUGGCUUUCCCAGCAGAAGUCAUGGCUCGACGAGGGAGAACGCGAUUUCUCUGAAGCAGCAGCAUUUUAUCGCAAGGUAGCGAACUCCUCUACCUGGAGCCCAUCCCUGGCAGCCAAAGCGCGGUAUAAUAUGGGCACGAUGCAUCUCUUUGGCUUAGGAGUGCCACAGGAUCUAUAUCUGGCCAGCAGCCAUUUUAGAAGAAGUCUAGAAGCCGACGAACAUGCUCCAGCGGCCCCAGUAUAUGCGGGCCUUGUGGCGGUUUACCUCCUUGAUUUUAUUAAUAGAAUCCUGGAAUCCUUAUUGGAGGAAACCCGUAUUCUGUUUCUACUUUUGAACCUUGUGGCCAUCGCUUUGCUGCUCGUUGUCCGCGCGUUUGUCCAGGCUCUGAGACAAGAUAUCGGGCUCUCAGAUGAGGCCUUCAGGGCCGCUGUUGAGGGAGAACCCGGACUUGCAGCGGAAGUGAGGCAGGAGCGGCUGCUGCCGCAUCAGCACAAUGAGCAGCAGCCACUUAAUACGGGAAGCCAUGAAGGGUCAGGUGUACAGGGGCCCGUCGGACCCCAGGAUGCGGCCGGGGGGUCGCCUCCAUCACCCGCAGACACCUUGCCUAGCAAUAAGAGUGGCGGCGACUGCAGGAUCAGCAAUGACCAUGAGAGCACCAUUAAUACUUUAGCAUCCCCUGACACCUUUCAUGGGGUGGCAAGCAGCUUGGCGUUGGAUGAAAGUAGGCGCCAACGAAGCAGCAAAAACUACGGUUGUGACGCAAUCAGCAGUUGCAACAAUGCCAUCUCCGGCAGUGGAAUAAGCACCAACGGCGAGGGCACUGCCCAAGUGGGCAGCAAUAUGGUUCAGGGGUACUUGAGUGCCAGACACACUGAAGCGGGUGCCUCCGGCCCCUCUGGUGCAGAAGAACAAGACGGUUGUUGCCUGAAACAAGGCAUCUCACCCGCAAGCUAA